AUGCCUCGGAAGUGUAGAGAUUGUCCCAUCGGCGGAAAGCGAGCUUUAAAAAGAUUGGCGAACCAUUAUUUGGCAGACGUCCAUGAACUUUCGUCCCAAGAAAGGCAACCUUAUCUUAUUCGUGCUAAGCCAACAGCUUUAGACUUAGAAAAUAUUUUAGCAGAGUUGUACGGAUUAAUUGGGAACAGUAAAAGCAGUCAAAGUAGAAUAAAAGGGGAUAAAGAAUAUACCAAUCCGUCAACCAAAAUCCUCCAGGAAGAGAACAAAAUGGAAUACAUAAUGAGUCAACUCCCGCUUCUACCAAACCUUCUGCAUAAG